AGCUGUCUGAUAGUGUCUCUUCCAUGUUUCCACCGUAGUCACCUUAACGCUACGCCAGCCAACAAUGUGCAUCAAGAAACUGUACUACCACGAAGGCUCCUGUAAGACCAGUAUAAAGGUAGACUCAGAAGAUCCAUAGAUCAGGAAAUAGACAGACUCAUCCUGAAAUUUCAACCUCGGCCUUCGAAUGAAGGUGGUUCUGAUCAUACAAAAAAUCUGCCAAUCAAACUAGACUUGGACAGACUCGAGAAUUCUCUACUUUUUGAAAGAAAACUCUAUAUAGAGAAAACGAGACUAGAAAGAUCCCGAGGUUGAGAUAACAUUCUUCAGGAUGGAUUUCCGCAGUAUCGAGGUGCAGCGGUGGAUGCUGGCUGCCAUUCUGGCCGUAGUUGUUGCAGCUAAGUUUUCAGAGGCGCAACUUACAACUGAUUUCUACGAUUCAUCUUGUCCACAAGCAGCGUCUAUAGUCAAACAAAAGGUUGAUGCAAUUGUUGACGCGGAUAGAGGACUGGCAGCGGCUCUUAUGCGCCUACAUUUCCAUGACUGCUUCGUCCGGGGUUGUGAUGGAUCUGUGCUUCUGAAUUCAACGGAUCCAAACAUUCUCACCGAGAAAUCGGCAUUGCUCAACAACAAUUCUUUGAGAGGAUUUGAGCAGAUUGAUGAGAUCAAAAUGGAGCUCGAAUGUGCAUGCCCAGGAGUUGUAUCUUGCGCCGAUAUUCUAGCUCUGGUGGCUCGUGAUGCAACUGUGAAGGUUGGAGGCUGGAGCUGGCCAGUAUUUCUGGGCCGCAUCGAUGGUGCUGGAUCGUUUGCUGAUGAAGUUAACGGUAGCUUACCCGAACGUACAGACAACUUCACUAAGCUAGUCCAGACCUUUGCCAAAGUUGGUCUUGACGCUAAGGAUAUGAUCAUACUCUCAGGUGGGCACUCUAUCGGACAAGUUCACUGCGGAGCGUUUUUCGAGCGUCUGUACAAUUUCCAAGGUCAGAACAUCACCGACCCAUCGAUGGACCCAGAAUUCGCUGAGAUGCUCAAGGUCCAGUGCCCUCAAACGCAGCCGUUCGGUUUCAUGGCUUUGGAUGCCACGAAUGGCACUUUCGACUCGACCUACUACUUGGACCUUUUGACCAACAAAGGACUUCUGGAGUCGGAUGUGGCACUCUUGAGCGAUCCCCUGGGAGUAGAAUAUGCAAUUAAAGCUGUGCAGGAUCCCGACACCUUUCUAUUCGAGUUCGGAAUGGCAAUGAUUAAAAUGGGCAGCAUUCCAAGUGUUGAUCCUUACGGCUGGAGAAGCCAUUGCGCGUUCACGGAACCAAAGUACUGAGGGCCUGGAGAUUUGAAUAUUUAGCGAUUGUCAGUCGAUACGCAAUAAUUGCAAGCACGCCUGCUAGUGCUCCUGAUCCAUUCUAUUUUGCCAUUGCUACGGAUAAGUUUCACAGACAUGUAGUUAUGUCAUCAGACCUUCGAAUUCUUGGUCUACAUUGGACCACGUGUACAUACGUUUGCAUUUGAUCCGAAGCUAGACCGGGCCUGAAGAUGGGUGCCGUUUAGGAACAGAUGUUUUCAUUCUUUAAAAGUCCAAUCAUCAAGAACUUUCAAUAAAGAAGAAUCAAUCGA